GGUUUCCUGUCUGCCUGCUGUGAGACUGAAUGGCUUCCAGAUUACUAAUCAGUUUCUCUUUGAAACUGAAGUGAAUGUUUGAGCAAAAUUUCAAGGAAUUCAUGAUUUUAAGACCUGAGGAAGAGAAGGAAGUAUAAAUUCGAUUUAAUGAUCUUUUAAUUUUUAAGUCUAGUUUUACACAUUUAUCAUUUAAAUGCAAACUGAACAGGUAACAGAACAGAAGAGCUAUUUCACAAUCUCUGCGUUCCUGCUCUGAAAGAAACUCCUCCCUCAGCCUGACUCACCCCAGACAAACCAGGAAACAGAGAAUUUAUUCUGUGUCACUGAGAAGAGACAGAGACGCGCUGAGAGACAAGACAAGACGAAGGUUUACCUAUAGUCAAAAACCACGGAGGACAGCUACAGGAGGGAAGAACUGGGAAUACUGGAAAUACUACAACUUCAACCUGCUGCUAACUCCACACAGUUUUACAAGAACAAAGACUCAAAGUGAAAGUAAACUCUCAGGGAGCAGGGCGUGACUGACUGGUUUCCUGUCUGCCUGCUGUGAGACUAAAUGGCUUCCAGAUUAAAGGAGGAACUCUGCUGUCCGGUCUGUCAUGACAUCUUUAAAGAUCCUGUCAUCCUGUCAUGCAGCCACAGCUUCUGUAAAGACUGUCUGCAGAGCUGGUGGAGAGAGGAAAAAACCCACGAGUGUCCAGUUUGUAAGAGAAGAUCUUCAAUGGAAAUACCACCUCCUAACUUCGAGUUAAAGAACCAGUGUGAGUCCUUCUUACAGGAGAGAGAUCAGAGAUCUUCAGAGGCUCUCUGCAGUCUGCACUCUGAGAAACUCAAACUCUUCUGUCUGGACCAUCAGCAGCCAGUGUGUGUCGUCUGCAGAGAUUCAGAAAAUCACAACAAACACAGCUUCAGACCCAUCGAUGAAGCUGCACGACAACACAAGAAGGAACUUCAGGAAACUCUGGAGCCCUUAAAGAAGAAGUUAAAGGAUUUUGAACGAGUUAAAGUGAAGUUUGAUCAAACAGCAGGACACAUUAAGGUCCAGGCCCGACACACAGAGAGGCAGAUUAAGGAGCAGUUUAAGAAGCUUCACCAGUUUCUAGAAGAGGAAGAGGAGGCCAGGAUGGCUGCACUGAGGGAGGAAGAGGAGCAGAAGAGUCAGAUGAUGAAGGAGAAGAUGGAGGCUCUGAGCAGAGAGAUAGCAGCUCUUUCACACACAGUCAGAGCCACAGAGGACGAGCUGAGAGCUGAAGACGUCUCAUUCCUCAACAACUACAAGGCUGCAGUGGAAAGAGUCCAGCAGCGCCCCCUGCUGGAGGAUCACCAGCUGCUCUCAGGAGCUCUGAUAGACCAGGCCAAACACCUGGGCAACCUGACCUUCAACAUCUGGAACAAGAUGAAGGACAUGGUCUCCUACAGUCCUGUGGUUCUGGAUCCAAACACUGCUGGUCCAGGACUGAUCCUGUCUGAGGAUCUGACCAGUCUGAGACGAGGAGAGAAACAACAGCUUCCUGACAAUCCAGAGAGGUUUGAUUCUAACUGGUCUGUCCUGGGCUCUGAGGGGUUUAACUCAGGGACUCACAGCUGGGACGUCGAGGUUGGAGACAAUACAGACUGGAGACUGGGUGUGUUAGCAGAGUCUGUCCAGAGGAAGGGAGUCAUCUGGUCUGGAAUAUGGAAAAUAAGGUUCUGCGGAGGUAAAUACUCAGCAGUAUCACCAUCGGCUCCAUCCAUUAUUCUCCCAGUGAAGAGGAAGUUCCAGAGGAUCAGACUGAAUCUGGACUGGGACGGAGGAAAACUGUCGUUCUCUGAUCCUGAUACUGACACACACAUUCACUCCUUCACACACACCUUCACUGAGAAGCUGUUUCCAUAUGUUGACACGUCUUCCCCACUGAAGAUUUCACCACUGAGACCUUCAUUCACAUUGAGAUGAUGAUGAUGAUUACAUCCAUUUACUUUUCUCAGCCAGAGAAAAAUAAAAUUAGAUGUACCACCUUGUGGCUGUACGCCUCCACCAACCAGUUGUAGAUAAUUAGCCUGUGAAUUCAGAGUAAUUGAGUUUUGUGCCACAUUUUAGCAGAUUGAUCCAUCAUGAUUUUCAUUCGUGGAGGCGUGGCUGUGUAUAAAAUAGUCAGCUACAAUGUUAAAAAUGCUUCAUUAUGCCUGCUUUGACUACUUUCGCUUUUAACUCAAUUUACACUUCUAUAUUUUUAGUUAAGUAAUGUUUUCAAUCAGGCAUGGGUCGGUAUGUGUGUAACGUUAGUGAGGAAACAAGCUGAUGUCAGCUAGUUAAUUAUCAUCUAUCUCAGUAGAAAGUCUGUUGUGUUUAUUUCACUGAUGCUAGACAUGCUAACUCUCGUAGCUGUUCCAUACGUUCAUUUCAAGACAGCAACACCUUGAAUUUUUUCUCUGUAGGAAUGGUAUAAUGGAAAAUGCUAGUGGUUUUGAAGCCUUGACUUUUUCAAACCUACUACUAUACCUUGAAAUCAGUAACUGAGAGUUACCAUGCCUAUUUCCAAAGCAGGACUUUUAUUUUAACAGUGAGUUAUUAGUACUUGAGUAAAGGAUCCAGAUGCUUCCUUA